AUGGGAAAGGACCAGAAGAAGACGGGAAAGGGCCGUCUCGAUAAAUGGUACCAGCUCGCCAAAGAGCAAGGCUACCGCGCCCGUUCGGCCUUCAAGCUCGUCCAGCUCAACCGCAAAUACGACUUCCUCGCCUCGGCACGCUGCGUGAUCGACUUGUGCGCGGCACCAGGAGGAUGGCUUCAAGUCGCCGCCAAGCAGAUGCCGGCGCAGAACUCGAUCAUUAUCGGUGUCGAUUUGGUUCCCAUCAAGCCUAUUCCGCGGUGUGUCACGCUGGUGGAGGACAUCACGACCGAGAGUUGUAGGAGGGCGUUGAGGGCCGAGAUGAAGGACUGGAAGGCGGAUGUCGUCCUGCACGACGGAGCGCCGAACGUCGGAUCCGCCUGGGUUCAGGACGCCUUCACGCAAGUCGAGCUCGUCCUAGCCUCUCUCAAGCUCGCAGUGGAGUUCCUCCGUCCGGGCGGCACAUUCUGCACCAAAGUCUUCCGUUCGAAGGACUACAACUCGCUCUUGUGGGUCUUCAACCAGCUCUUCACCAAAGUCGAGGCGACCAAGCCUCCUUCGUCGCGUAAUGUCUCGGCAGAGAUCUUCGUCGUUUGCCAGGGGUACCUCGCGCCUGCGAAAAUCGAUCCGAAGCUCCUCAACCCCAAGUUUGUCUUUGCCGAGGCGGACGGAGUCGGACUCGACGACGACGAGCGCAAGAUUACCGAGAUUGACGCGGCGGGCGACGAUGUCGAUGCCGAGUCGGGCAAGGGCAAGAAGAAGGUCAAGACGUCGGUGAACCCUCUCGCGAAACUCGACGGAAAGGCCGUCACGACCAAGGACGUCAUGACGCCCGCGUCGCUCAACGUCUUUGCGCCGGAGAAGAAGCGCAAGCAGCGUGAGGGUUACGACGACGAGGAUCGGAUCUUGUACCGCGAGUGCAGGGUCAUGGAGUGGGUUCGACACCAGGACCCGAUUGGCGUAUUGAGUAUGGUCAACAAGAUGACCUGGGCCGAUGACGAGGACAAGAAGCUGCUGAAGAACCCGCUCACGACGAGCGAGAUCAAAGCGUGCGUCGAGGACCUCAAGGUGCUCGGCAAGAAGGACUUCAAGAUGCUCCUCAAGUACCGCGCUGCGAUCCGUGAAGACCUCGGCUUGGACGUCAAGGUCGACGAGAAGGAGGAGGUUACGGAGACGAUCGACGUUCAGCCGCUCGACGAAGAGGAGCAAAUCACGCAGGAGCUCGAACGCCUCGCGCGUGAAGAAGCGCUCAAGAAGCGCCGCGACCGGCGCCGCGUGAACGAGAAGAAGCAGCGCGAAGUGCAGCGCAUGCAGCUCAACAUGGUCACGCCUAUGGAUAUCGGUCUCGAGCGCCAGGACGGGGUUGAUGAUGCAGACAUGUUUGAUUUGGGCGAGGUCGAGGGCGGGAAGGAGCGCAGGGGUGUGAAUGGGGAGUUGGGCAGCGAUGCGGAUGAGGGUUUGAGCGAGGAGGACGAGGAGGAGGUUGCGCGAAAGAGGCAGAGGAGGUUGCCGCUCAACCCGAUUCCGGAGGCGGCGCUCGCUGCUCAGAACGCCGAGGACGACGACGAGGACGUGUCGGACACGGAGCGUCGGACUCGUCGGCUUGAAGAGUCCCUCGACAUCCUCUACGACUCGUACCAGCAGUCGAAGCUUGAGCGCGACGCCAAGCACAAGGUCAAGGAGCAGCGGAGGAAGAAGGCGCUGGCGGAGGGCGGCGAGUUCAAGGGUCUCGACGACGAGGCGCAGGACAGUGACGAGGAGUCGGAGGAGUCGGACGGGAUCGACAGCGACCCUGCGCCGCAGCCUUCGGACGACGAGGACUCGUCGGACGAGGAGGAAGAGCCCGUUGCCCCGACCGCGUCGACUUCCAAGGCUGGCUUGAUCACCUCUCUCAAGCAGAACAAAAUCCUCUCGACGAGCGCCAAGUCGCGUCAGGCGGCGAUGUGGUUCGACCAGCCUGCGUUCAAGGGCUUGCCUGGCGGUGGGCUGGAGGCGCUUCUUGGUGGAAGCGGGUCGGACGACGAGGAUGACGAGAUGGAUGGUGACGAGGAGGACGCGAGUGAGGAUGACGAGGGCGUGCGGACUGUCUGGGACGAGAUGGGCGAGGGAUCGGACGAGCAGGAGGAGGACGACGAGGAGAGCGACGAGGAGAGCGAUGACGACUUCCGUGGCGCGAGGGAGGAGUUCGUCGAGGACGAGGACAUGGAGGAUGAGGCCGACAUUGACGCGCAGGAGCAAGCCGAGGUCGAAAAGGCGCAGCGGAUAGCCAAGCUCGGCUUGACGACCGCCGAGGCGAUGACUCUCGCCCAGCAGCUCGUCAACCAGGAGCGGACGAAGACGCAGCUCGUCGAUGAGGGCUUCAACCGCCACACCGACAUCAUCGGCGGCGGGCGGCGACGGCCUUCCGACCUGGCGAUCCGCGACAAGCAGCGUGCGCUCAACGCCCGGCCGAUCAAGAAGGUUGCCGAGGCCAAGGCGCGCAAGAAGAUGCGCCAGAUCCGCCGCCUCGAGAAGAUGCGUGCCAAGGCGCAGGGCAUCAACGACGACGAGGAGAACGGCUUGACGGAGAAGGAGAAGGCCGCUUCCAUCGCCAAGAUCCUCGCCAAGUCGAGCAAGGCGGGCAAGCAGAAGAAGCCCGAGACCAAGGUCGUCGUCGCUCGCGGUGCCAACAGGGGUAUCAAGGGCCGUCCCAAUGGCGUCAAGGGCAAGUACAAGAUUGUCGACCCGCGUCAGAAGAAGGAGGUGCGCGCGCUCAAGCGCAUCGCCAAGCGCGACCGCAAGAACGGCGGCAGGCGCAAGGCGAACAAGUGA